AUAAAACUAUCCUUCUUCCACCUUCUCAUUAUAUUCAUUUCCAUCUUUCUAAUUUAUCUUUCCAUUUCCGAGCCGUUGAGAAUUUUUUCUGAGAGAUAAUUUAACAAAUUUCUUCUUCUUCUUCUGUUUCUGAACCACCAAAUCUGCCUUUCUCAAUUAGCUAUGGGCGUCGCUGUUCUAAAUCCCCAGGAUUGCUUGAAAGAUCCAUUCUCUCACAUGAAACAACAUCGUAAUCCUAGCGCAUGUCCCAACAGGCAGAAGAAGACGGUCUCCAACAACCGUACACGCCGGAGUCCUCCUCGUAGUCAAUCCUCCAGAUCUUCUUCUCCUCCUGUAGCGCCGCCGCUUCCUCCUCCUCGUGCGGCUGUCUCUGCUUUCGUUCCAAAGGGAACCCUUAAGAAGAGUCUUAGCAAUACCGUUGCCGUUAGCCAGGUGAGAAUCCUUAAGCGCGGCGAAGAAAUCCCCAAGGAGACUUCAGAUCUGGUUGUGGAAAUGUCAGAUCUGGGAUCUACUCGUCGGAUUGGACCAGAUCCGGGUUUGAUUCCGGGUCAGAUCCGUUUAUCUGGCCGCAAAUCGAAAUCAGCACCGUUUUACGCCGGUCCUGUGACCAUGACCUCGCCGCCUCCUAGCGAUGUCCCGCUUCCAGCUUUCUUCACGAAGAAGGCAACAAAUGAUCUCAUCAGGAUCCUUCGCCUAGACAUCGCCUGACGGUGUCUGUCACCGAUCAUUUUUGAUUUUUUAAAAAUCUCCGAUGAUCCAAAUGGUUACCAAAGUGUUACAUUUCCGUAUUACCGAUCGUCCGAUUCCGCCUGAAAACCGGAGAUCUGCAACAAAAUAUAAUCUCCAGACGAUGAUGAAUCUAGAAGAUGAAGAAACACACAUCUUCGUUAUGAACCGUUUCGAAUCUUCCCUUAUUUUUUCAAGGGGCAAGAUCGAAAUAUCUUCUUAACAGGUCUUAGUUUCUCUUCUUAGGGUUUAGUGUUUGUGUAGGAGUAUUUGUGUAUAGACUUUUUACUAGUUUUCGUAUCUUUCUCUGUAUCUUCGGGUUUUUAAUUUCUGCUUAAUCGUCAGGUUCUCUGGGUAAAUCAUAGGUUGGCUUUUGUCAUUUCGUCUGUGUCUUAAGUGGAUUAGUUGGUCGUAAGACAAGUUAUAGAGAUGUGUUUACGGGUAAAGAUGAAGCUUAGGUUUUGAUGUAAUCUUCUUCGGUUUUUCAAUUCUCUGUAUUUCUCUAUCUUUUUAGUUUAUCAAGUUUAAGUUUUAUUUGGGGUUUCUUCUUCGUUUGGGUAUCUUUCUGUUUUUCCUUAAGGUUCUUCGUUUGUUUCCGUGUCGUCUAGGUUAAGUCAAAGUAAAGAGAUGUAAUUACUGGUUAGAUGAAUCUUAAGGUUUCCAUGUAACCGUUUGUACUACAAUUCUCUGUACUUCUCUAUCUUUAAUAUUAUCGAAUUUAAGUUUUAUCUUUGGCGUUUAAAGUUCAGUAUUUGGACAUUUGAUACACAUCACAUGAGAUUAAAUAAGAUGGUUGACCCAAUAAAACCAUAAACAAAUGAACAUACGAUGGGUUUACGCAAAUGAUCUCAAUGAAUUGUACCUUGGAAAAUUAUGGAAUUUGUGACUAGUAUAUGUUGAGUUGUAUUAUUGAUUAGCAAUUCUGUAAUCUCAAACAACUCGGAGAAUAUGGCGCACAAAAAAAUAACUUGCACAGAUGUUUCCCGAUGUAAGAGCGACAGUUUUGAUAUGUGUGUGUGUGUGACAGGCAAAGACAUUGACAAAUUGAUAUAAUCUCUAGUCCAGCGUAUAAACAAAUCACUAAUGCCAAUUUGAUAUCAGAAGUUGAAAGUGACUUUCUCUAAGUUGAUAAGUUGAUAUUGUGCUAUCUCAAUUAUCAUCAUUACAAUGGGUUUAAUAGCAAUGGAUGUUAUUAUUGUUUAGGUGGGUAAUUGAUAUUUCUUGCUAAGGGUGUCAUUAUCUCAAUAUCAUAUACCGUAUGCCACUUGUUUGGUCCAAGUUGUAUAAGAUAUAAUGUUCUCUCACAAUUAGACAGCCCACCUUAGCCCGAUUUAAGGCCCAUGUAUAUAUCUCUUCAAGGCUGGACAGCUGGGGCUUGAAUUCUAAAAAAUUUCUUAGUCAUAAAUCUG